GGUGGUGUGGCCGUAGGCGAUGAAUAACAGACUUUUGCUCCUCUCGUGCUUCAGUGUUGCCGCCCACCUUCUCCUCGUACCACCUUCUAUUUCCCAGGGAAAACAAACUCAACUUUCACAGUCUAUCCUGCUGCUUUCCAUCCUCCACCCCUUUCACCCCUUUACUUACACCUCUCUGUACUCUCUCCCCCUCACUAAUAUCCUUCUUAAGGUCUGGAGCACAAAAUUCACCCCAAAAUCCAGGUCUAACCAGGGACCAACAAAGAGACAAAAUGAUCAGCUGCACAGAAUGAAGCUCCGCCUCUGCUGGGCCGUCUGUGCACUGCUGGGCCUCGCCUGGGGUUGCAUGCCAACACCUAGAGCCCGAAACAUUGCAAUAAACGGGCAAGCGACCCAAAAAUCCACCCACAACCCCGACACCCCAGACAAAGCCAUUGAUGGGAACAGGGACUCAAAUUAUUCUAAAAUGUCUUGUUCCUGCACCAACGAGGAGGACUGGCCCUGGUGGAAGUUGGACCUGAAAAGAACCUACAAAAUAUCUUCAGUGAUUGUCACAAACAGGAACGACUCGUACCCCGAGCGCCUCAAUGGGACCCAAAUCCAAGUGGGAAACUCCCUAGACAACAAUUACGAAGUAUGUGGAACCAUCACAAACACGAGCUCCAACCCAAUCCACAUCUGCUGCAACGACAGAGGGGGGCGCUAUAUCAGCCUGGUCAUCCCCAGGAACAAGUCCACCCUGACUCUGUGUGAGGUGCAGGUAUUCGGCCGACUGGCCAGAAAGAAAACCUGUUAGUGGAUCUGCCACUGAUUUCCAUUGAGUUGUAUUGAUAUAUCACCAACAUACUGCCCAGCGCUGUACCAUCAAUGAGGGAAUAUAGUGAUUCCGAUACACAGCAGCCAAUAAGCAAUUAAUAAUAAAUAUAUAAUAAUAAAUAUAUAAUGAAUGAGCUCAGACCCUGCUCUUAUUGUAUCUGUAUUGGAUGUUGUUGAGGGAAUUAACUGAAUCAUUUCUCCCCUGCUCUGGGCUAUGACUGUCUCAGGGGUCCCUGAUUGGUUGUCCAGAUUCCCAAUCAUCAGCAUGAGCUCAGCCCCUCCUCAUCCUCAUUUGUGGGACCUGUCGUUCUCUGGGGGACCAUGGGAAAGUAAUGGGGGCUCUGAUUGGACCAUUCCCAGGAUACUGCUGAUACUUUGUUACCUUUAUAGCCUUUUACGUUAUUUCACUUCAUCAAGUGAAUGGAAGAAACAAGAGAACCCAGGCAGAUCCAGUAUCAUUUGGGCCGGUGCAGGGAAUGAGUGAGCCCUGUGGCCACUAGAUGGCACCACCAGCUCACAAACUGCUUCCCUUUUAACCAUUAGAGGGCUGGUUCAUUUUUAGUAUGUUGCACAAUGGCUAGUUCUGGUCUUCAUUUUUCUUUUUAUAGUUUUUGAAUGAUUUGCC